UUUUUAAGGUUAAGUUCGUUUCUGUGAUCUGUCAUAGUGCAGUCGCCUAUAAUUAAUUAAUAAAACAUGCAAGAUACAAGUAUUUUCAAAUUCAAAUAUUUAGUGCCACUUUAUUCAAGCUUAUUGAUUGUGUUAUUUGCUGGCUUCGUAUCUUCGGGAGCCAAUGAUUUACAUUUUAACGAUGGGGCUUCUACAGCGGAUAUUAUUGCGGGAGAUGUUUUUUUUGAAAUUUUGGAUCCUCCCGAGCUUAGUUACUCUUUUCGUGUAAGGCCAGCUAAAGACUUUGGUGCAGUAUUUAAUGACAGUAUGCGGUUUGACAAAGCAAGAUUAGUCCCAACAGUUCCACUGCACAGUUGCACAGAUAUUCAGAAUCAAGAAGACUUGUUAGGGCACAUUGCAUUAUCUGAAAGAGGGGAGUGUUCGUUCGUGUUUAAAACUGCAAAAGCCCAGCAGGCUGGUGCUAGAGCUGUGAUCAUCACAGAAUCCAUAGACAAAUGGGAAGAUGCUCUCGACCACCUUAUAGAGAUGGUUGAUGAUAAGAUGGAAGUGGAUGUUAAUAUACCAGCAGGUUUCCUACUCGGGCGAAGCGGAGCCACGAUUCUGCGCACUUUAAGAAGAUUACAUAGAAGAUACGCAAUUAUCAACCUACCAGUCAACAUGACCCAUGUGCCUAUUAAUAAAAUGAAUCAGCCGCCUUGGAUUGCUUGGUAAUGUGAUAAAAUUCUAGUUGUUUACAUUGUAAAGGUCAAAUUGGGUAUUCAUUAUCAACUUUUUUACUGUGCAAUGAUUUUGACAAAUUUUAUGAAAUGAACUGCACUUAAAUAAAAUAGAGGACUAGUGAUCACCAUAGUAGAUUGUGUAUCCCAUUAUUUAGUAAUUUUUAAAUAAACUAGAUGUCUCUAGUUGUAUUUAAACAUUAUCAAUAUCUUCUAUUGUGUAUUCUUCAAUAAAAGAAGAAUAUUAUUAUGCAUACUGCAGGUGAGAUGGCAAUGACAUGUGUUCGGAAAUAGUUGAUUUUGUUAGCUGCAGCUCUUUAUUAUAUAAAAAAACUUAGAUGGCGUUGCAAAGUAUCAUAUUGGUGCUAAUUCCUGUAAAUACCAUCUAAUUUUAUUUUAAGUUAUAUCUGUCAUUUUCUUAUCCGCCGAAAAGGAAAGGGACGGGUUAUUGACAAGCAUAAAAUUUAUGGAACACACGUCAAUUUUAAGCACAAAUCUAAACCAACCGUCUAAAAAUUUUACAUCCGCCAAUAACCCGACACAGUUAGGUAGACAGCACGUCAAACGGAUUGCAUACCAGCGACGUACCUUUUGAUUCGCCCGGGUUAUUCAUUCAUUUACUCAUUCUUUAAAUCCCUCUGGAACAAAUGCGACACGUAAGUGGAAAUACGUUUCUUUUAUUCUUUCCGGGUUAUGCGUCGCAGUAUGGCGAUUGACUAAGUCCUCUAGUAUAGUUCGUCCAUGGAAUUACUCAUAAAUACCUUGUUACCGAGUGUUGGCUCUCAGGCCGCCUCAGUAGUUAAUGCAGCAAAUCUACAAAAGUCACGUAAAAAAUGCCCUAUAUUUAGGUUGAGGUCCAAAGAAACAGAGGUGAGGUUAGACAUUGCCUAUUAGAGUGUUCAGCAAUUGAUUACGGUUUAGAUGAUUAUCUAAUUUCUUCGUUCAUCGAGAAUUCCUUGUAAUGACUUCAGAAAUACUUUAUUUUGCCUGACUAAUUAUUUUAUUCUACUUCAUAACUAACAUAACAUAACAAAUACUUUAUCGCACACACAGGAAAUACAAGAUUCAAAAACAAAAGAUAAAUAAAAAGUACAAUAGGUGACCUUAUUGUUAAACAGCAAUCUCACCUAGGCAACAUUUGAGUAGAGGAGACUGACUAUUCUUUAUGUUAAAAGACUUAAUCACUAAGGUAACUAAGAGUUAUAUUUAAUAGGGACGUUUACUAUGUUCCGCCACACUUCCGCGAUUUGGUUGUGAGGAAAGUUGCAAUAUAUUGAGCAUGUUGCGCAAUUUAUUGCCGGCAAAUGUUGCUUAAUGAAUACCCGGUUUUAAUAACACGUGAUUGAUAAUGAUAAGAAUGAAAGAAGCUUUGGGUUUUGUUGGCCAAAUUCGUAUACAAUUAGUGGGUACAUUUUAGAACUAUUUAUGUCUUUAGUGGACUCAGGAAUGAACAAACCGAACAUAUUAUGGGUUUUAUUGUAUCGGAAAAUAACUGGAAAAAAGAAAUGUGAUUAUCAUUUCUAUGUUAUAUAGUUAAUAUUUUUCACUGAUGCAGCUGUAAAUUAAUGAAAUUAUCAUUCUUUCUGAAAAAAAGUAUUACAAUACUAUCUUCUUGGAAGCCGAAUAAUGAAGAUUAGUGUCAUAUUGUUUUUUUUAACAAACUAACAUAAUAUAUCUUCACGCCUGUAUCCCCGUAAGGGUAAGCAGAGGUGUAUAGUCGUUCUUUUAAAAAAUAUAAUGCCACAGAAAAAUUACUAGUAUACCUAUACUUGUGUUGCCAAUUAAAAUCCUUUUUCCUGAAACCUGCACAUUUUUACUUUUGUCGAGCUGUAAAAUUUACAACAUAACAUCACGCCUGUAACCCCAAAGGGGUAGGCAGAGGUGUAUAGUACUAUAUACACCCAAUCCUCGCCAGCUAUGUUUAAGUCCCAUUUAACCUCGUAAAGCCGAGGUUUCCAGACACAAUAGUAAAACAAUGGAGUUUGGAUUUUAAAAGGACUCGGCGUUACGACUUUAAUACGGACCAAUGAUAAUAUAGUUGAAAAUAUUAAGGAUCACAUACAACUGUAUCCGUUUAUCCUGUGAUUUAUAUUUUGUUGCCUACUGUACUUGUUGUAGGACUAUUCGCAGGGAAGUAUCGUACAUUUUAUCAAAGCAAAAUUAGGGCAAAAUGCAUGAUAUUUAUAAGUACCAAUUUUUAAAAAGAUAGGCGUGCGAUCUUUGUAGAAUCAUGGUGUUAUAUUAUUGUCAGGAUGUUGUUAACACAGCCUGAUAAACAGUUCUAAGUAAGUACAAAUAAUUUUGUUGUUUGUUAUUUUUUUUAAGCUACCAUGUUGCCAAAUACUUGAUGUGUUUUGUAUGUUUUAUUUCACACUUCGUUGUAGAACAAGUGACCAGUGAGAAUUUGAUUUAUUUUUAGAAGCUUUCCAGUUGGUGAUAAUAACUUGAAAUUGUAGUAUGAUUUGUGUCUAGGCUCCGUUGAAUAUAGGUUGAUGGAUUUGACAGCUGUCAGAACAAUACAUUUUCCUGUUUUGUCUCUCUUCCGCACUUGACUUUAGUGCGGAAGACCGCACUAGACUGCAUACUAAUACAGUCAAGACAGAAAGAGACAGAAAGAUAGUUCUUUCUGUACUGCUUACAAGUUAAUCAAGCCGUAUUUAACGUAGUGAUUUGUUGAUAUUUUUCUAGGGUUUAGUUAUUUUCAUCUAGUCUCUAGAUGUAAAAUUAUGAUAAGGCCACAAAUAGUUUAGCUGAGAUUGUUCAUGUCAUGUCAUGAGGUGUAACAUGUAUAAUAGAACCCUGUCGCUUUAACACAUUUGACAUUAUUGUCUACAAACCUAAUGUGACAUGGUACUAAAGUGUAUACAUAUUAAUGCUCGUGACCAUGACGAUAAGAAAAAAAAACAUGAAUAAUAUUCACUGAGCUUAUUUUUCAGUACUUGCCUCGGACCUAAUGAGACGGCCUUAACUUAUGAAAUUCUAUUAAAUAGUGUUGUAAAUACUGUUUGUUAUACCUUAAAAAAAGCAUAUUAGGCCUAAGGCCUACUUGGCUUAAAUAGUUUUCAAAACAUUUAAACACUGUUAUUUAUUGUAAUUGUGAAAAUAUGUAAACGUAAAAUAUGAAUCUCGUAAGAUUUCACUUAAGCAUGCCUGUAAAAAGUAUAAGGAUCUCAGUCGCAAUAAAAUAUGCUCCUGUAA